AUGACCGUCGACAAGAUCAAGCCGUUCUUCGACCCUCGCGUAUCUCUGCGCUCGGCUCACCUCAACGGCCGCACCUAUGGCUACAUCUUCGGGCCACGCUCUGCGGGAACACCCAACCGCGGCGCCAUCCUCCUCAUCCAUGGAUUCCCAGAUUUGGCCUUUGGCUGGCGCUAUCAGAUCCCCUAUCUCCAGUCUCUCGGCCUGGAUGUAAUUGCACCCGACUGCAUGGGUUAUGGACGCACUGACUCACCAGAGUACACCCUACGUGACUAUACCUACAAGCGUAUCGCUGACGACAUGGCCGAGCUCCUCCGCCAGCUAGACUACAGUCAAGUUAUCCUAGGCGGCCAUGACUGGGGUGGCGCCAUCGCGUGGCGUCUUGUCCUCCUGACGCCUCACCUAUACAAAGCUGUCAUGGUCAUCUGCACGCCGUACAACCCACCCGUACCGCGCUAUGAUACGCUACAGGAGCGCGUCGACACCGUCCUCCCCAACUUUGGCUACCAACUCCACUUCGCUUCUGGUGAGAUCGAGGAGCUUUGCAACAACAAGCAGGGGAUUCGGCAGUUCCUCAUCAAUAUCUACGGCGGCCGCACGCCCGAUAAGCAGAUUGGAUUCACGGCAGAGAAGGGCCUGGACCUUGAGAAACAGAAGCUGAUGCAUGUCCCCUCGCGCGUUAUCUCGGGCGAAGAGCUCGACUUCUACGUGCAAGAGUAUUCACGGCACGGCUUGCGUGGACCGCUGAACUGGUACCGGACCAGCGAGCUGAAUUAUCUGGACGACAUGGCGAUUUUUUUUGACAAGGGGAAGAACAAGAAUCGACGGGUCACGGUGGAGCAGGAAAGUUUCUUUUUGCUUGCGAAGAAGGACCUGGCUCUGCAACCGUGGAUGGCUGAGAAAAUGGAGCAGAGGUUGCCGAAGCUGACGAGACGGGAGGUGAAUGCUGGGCAUUGGGCCAUGUGGGAGCAGCCGGAGGAGGUCAACCGACAUAUUGGGGAGUGGUUGAAAACCAAGGUGUUCAAAGAGGCGAGGCUGUGA